GUAAUAAUGGGCUUAUUGGAUAAUAUAUCGGAUGAAUAUCGUGAACGUGUUAUGCAAUUUUAUAAUGAAACGAAACGCUUCGAGGCACACAUUGGUAUUAUUAUACCAGCCAUAUUUGCAUGUGUUAUCGCAAUUGGUUUGGUUGGAAAUUUAUUGGUGGUUAUCGUUGCACUGCAUCGACAAAUGCGUAACUCCACGAAUACUUUAAUACUUGAUUCAAUAGAACCUACAGAAAAUAGUAAAGAAAAGUUGCAAAAAAGAGCGCGGCAAAGGAGAAAAGAGGCAAUAAAUAAAUGUGUUUCAGGACUUGCAUGUUCAGACUUAAUGUUUCUCACGUUAUGUGUGCCUUUCACAGCAAUCGAUUACGCAUUACCUGUAUGGAUAUUUCCACGAUGGAUGUGUAGUAUGAUUAAUUAUUUACAGCAUUCGGCUGCAUAUUUCUCGGUUUGGACAUUGACGUUGAUGGCUGCUGAUCGUUUUUUGGCUGUAUGUUAUCCGGUCGAAAGUAUGACACUACGAAAUACAAGCAAUACAACUGUCACAUUAGCAAUCGUAUAUACAGCAAUCGUACUCUCGCAAAUACCAGUUGCAAGUAUUCAUGACAUAUACGUUUACGAUUUUAUUAUUGAAACACGCUCAACAUGUGCAAUUGUUCGUAUUGCUACCGGUGAAGCAAGCAUCACAGAGGCACGUCGCUGUCAUAUUCACUUCUCAAUACAACUUUCAAUGAACACCUUUCUCAAAGCCCGAUUGUAUUUCUUCUCUUUCAACGUCUUUGGCUACUUAUUGCCACUGGGCAUUACUUGUGUUUUUUACUAUUUCAUGUUAAGACGACUUUGGUACACACCAAGACCGGGUAGAGGAGCAGAGGGUAUGAGGGCUUCAAUUCGAUCGAGACCGGAAACAGUGAGAGCCAAAAAGAAGAUCACACGAUUGGUACUUUGUGUGGUUGUGAUUUGGGCAUUUUGUUGGCUACCGCUUAACAUUUGCUUCAUGUUUUCAGGUGUUGUAUAUCCAGAAACGCUCGUAAUGAAAGGUGGUAAAUUAAUGGUUAUUAUACAAAUUUUGAGUCAGGUAUUGGCAUAUACGAAUUCGUGUUUGAAUCCAAUCCUAUAUGCGUUCUUAUCGGAUAACUUCCGCAAAGGUUUCACUCGUAUUUUUACGGUAGCGAUCAAUAUUUGUACAAUGGGUCGUUGUUGUAAAGAGAAUCGAGAAUGUGGACGUGUUGAAUUGAUUCACUGCAAGAAUGGAUUGCAUUCAUUAACGAGGAUGAUGCCGAGCACUAACGCUUGUGCUUCCUCCUCAUCACAUGCACUUCAUUUCCGCAUCACUAAUCAGGUUCUUGUUUUUCUUUAUACCCUUCUGCAGCAAUUAUAA